AUGGUGCGGAGGGCGCCCGGCGCGUCCCUCGCCCUGAUCCUCUGGGUGACGGCCGCCUGCGGCAGCCCCGACGGGCCGGGGGCCGCCGCCUCCGCCCGCAGACAGGACGAGGUUUUCUCCACCGCCAGAUGCACCUCCAGGUGCCUGAGCCUCCAGAUCACUCGCAUCUCCGCCUUCUUCAAGCAUUUCCAGAACAAUGGGUCACUUGCUUGGUGCCAGAAUCAUAAACAGUGUUCAAAGUGCCUGGAGCCCUGCAAAGAGUCCUGGGACCUGAAGAAAAACCAUUGCCAAAGCUUCUGUGAGCCUCUUUUCCCCAAGAAGAAUUAUGAAUGCCUAACUAGCUGUGAAUUCCUUAAGUACAUCCUGUCUGUGAAGCAAGGGGACUGCCCAGCACCUGAGAAAGCCAGUGGUUUUGCAGCUGCCUGUGUUGAAAGCUGUGAAGCUGAUAGUGAAUGUUCUGGAGUGAAGAAAUGUUGUUCCAAUGGAUGCGGUCAUACGUGCCAAGUUCCAAAGAAUCUGUACAAAGGUGUUCCACUGAAACCCCGGAAAGAGUUAAAAUUCAUAGAACAUCAGUCUGGAGACCUGGAAGUGAAGUGGUCUUCAAAAUUCAAUAUUUCCAUUGAGCCUGUGAUUUAUGUUGUUCAGCGGAGGUGGAAUCAAGGAAUCCAUCCAAGUGAGGAUGAUGCUACUAACUGGCAAACUGUGGCACAGACUACGGACGAGCGGGUUUGGCUGCCGGACAUCCGAGCAAGCAGGUGGUACCAGUUCCGCGUGGCAGCUGUGAACGUGCACGGGACGAGAGGCUUCACAGCACCCAGCAAGCACUUCCGAUCCUCAAAAGAUCCAUCUGCUCCACCAGCUCCAUCUAAUAUCAGAAUUGCUAAUAUCAGUGCAAGCAAUGAUGGCAGUGUGAAUGUAAUGAUUACAUGGGAUCUUCCAGAAGAGCCUGAUAUCCCAGUGCACCACUACAAAGUCUUCUGGAGCUGGACCUACAGCAAAUAUGUAAUUCCAGCAAAAAAAAAGAGAAGGAAGACUACCGAUGGGGCCCAAAAUUAUGUGGUCCUGGAGGGACUCCAGCCCAACAGCAACUACAAUGUAGAACUGCAGGCAGUAACACGUUGGGGUCAGAUACGCCUAAAAAGUGCUAAGGUUUCUCUCCAUUUUAGCACGACUCAGGACAUCAGGAGUAAUAAGGAACGGACGUCUGCUGGGAAACCACAGAAAGGACUGGUAGAUCCUUACCCAAACUUUCAAAGAAGGAAAACCACUCGUUUUCUAAAAAUUGGAACUCCUUUCUAUCAGGACAAUCAACUUCAGGUCAAAGUCUACUGGAAGAAGACGGAUAUCAGCAUGAAUCAAUUCCAAGUCCACUGGUUACUGGAGUCCUGUGCACACAAUGAUACCAAAGGACUUAGGAAAGUAACAGAACUGACUUAUGAAAACUACAUUAUUCUGAAGGACCUGUCAUUUUCAUGCAAAUACAAAGUAACUGUUCUGCCUGCAAAAUCUAAAGGGCGUUUUAAGGCUGAGAGCACUUUCUUUGUUACCCCCCCUUGCUCUGCAUUUAAAGAAAAGAAGCACAAGCACAUUAAUUGUCCUACUGAAGGAGUGCCAGUUCUACCCAAAGUGUUGGCCAAACCCGAGAAUCUAUCUGCAUCUUUCAUUGUUCAGGAAGGUAACAUCACUGGUCAUUUUUCCUGGAAGAUAUCUAAGGCAGACCUUCACCAGCCCAUGACAGGGUUUCAAGUCACUUGGGCAGAAGUGACUACAGAAAGCCGGCAGAACAGUUUACCCAACAGCAUCAUUUCGCAGUCACAGAUACUGCCAGCGGAUCAUUACGUACUCACUGUGCCCAAUCUGAGGCCAUCCAUGCUGUACCGCUUGGAAGUUCAAGUGCUGACGACUGGUGGGGAAGGGCCAGCUACGAUUAAAUCGUUCCGAACACCUGACCUUCCUCCGUUUUCACCCCACAGACCUCAUCUGAAGCAACAUCAUGCACAUCACUACAAGCCACCCCCUGAGAAAUAUUAGGCUGUUUCAGAUACAAAUAACUGAGCAGAAAAAACUGAGCUCCCAAAUGAGGUCUGGGAAAAGGCAUAUCUGUAAUAGCAAUGAACCCAGUUUUCCAAUGGAAGUGACCAUCCUGUACGACCAUAUCUACUUCUCUGUAGUUUAUUCAUGAAAAAUUAUAUUUGCACCAUGACAAGGAUGAAUCAUACAGCAAGUAUCACUUCAUUACCACCACGGUUCAACAAACUGAAGAUUGCAUCCAUCUCAACACCCGUGAGAAAAUUAGAAGUGUGUUUAUUAUAAUGUUUUCAUAUUCUGUGUUUAAAGUAGGUUGAAACAGUGCAGUGUAUACAGCUUUUUCUCUUAGUGAAUUCAAUGUUAAUAUUUGCAAGGUAGUCCUGUGAUCUAUACAUAAUUUUGAAAGAGGCCAGCUUCUCAUCAGUGGAUUUAAAUUAUCUGUUUUACUUAAAGCCCUGCCUGUCACCAGUUUAAGCCCUAUUGUAUUUUGCUAUUAAAUAAGAUCUUCAUAUGUCUGAAAUAAGGACAUGAGGAAAAUAAAUACCAGUAGCAGUAACCCUAAAGUAUCCAGUAUUUAAUAAUUGCAGUGUCACCGUGGAGGAGGAUAAUGAUACAUUUGUAUAUCCGUCUGGUCUGAAGUGGUAAUGUUCUAUCACAUAGAUCUUCUAUUAAUAUAGUUAAUAGCUGAAGGAUAUACAGGGUAGAUAUACCAUUGUAUAGAAACAAAUGGUGAUUAAUAUAAUUGUUUAAAGUUGAUGGCAAUGAAUGCAAGUAAUUGAUACGUCCUGGAAGAAUGACUUUUAAAAUCCAGUUUACAUUUUUUUGAUAUAUAAUAUUUCAGGAUAUAAUAUUAUCUUGAAAAAACCCACCAGUUUUCUAGUUAAAAAUCUGAAUAGUUAACAUUAAAAUCUUAGAAACUGAAAUUCUGAGGCACAUUUGUUAUUCAAGUAGCUGUAGAGCUACUUUUUGGCUUUGAAUUUUGAUGCACAUAUUUCUUUUCCCUGUGGAACUUUAGAACAGAAGGAUGGAUAUAUUUGCUCUAUUUUGCUGUUCUGCUUACAGAAAGAAUUAUGUGACAAUAUUCUGGCAUAUGGAAAACAUUGGCUUAUAGUUUAUUUGAAUGCAUUUUUCAAAUUUAGACAGAAGGGUGCCCUUUUUAACCAUAAGGGAAUUCAUAUUGCCUUAUUGUGCAAUAUAAACUGUCUAGAGUAAUUUAUCACACAGAGAAACAUAUCUCAAUAGUAAACAGAAACUGCUUGGAUUUAUUAUUGAGAGGGUGGAAAGUAUCUGCCAAUAAACAUCCAUACAAAUACCUGUAAUCAGCAUUUAAUGUUCAGGAUGUUCAAAGUGGUCCUGCAUUCUUUGGCACCUUUUCCACUGCUCCCUGAAUCAUCACAUACCUCAGACACUUGAGUCCAACUUGACAAAGUGACCACCUUUUCUACCAGCAAAUUCUUUGGACUCACCUGUGCUUCAUAUUUAUCUGAGAUAUUCAGUGAGAGGAGCUCAGACAUUAGUGGUAAAUAGAUUUUCCUUCUCUCCAUAACAAACUGUUUUGUGGAAGAAAAUAAAUACAUACGUGAAACCAAGGAUCAGAGUUAUAUUUGUUAUAGUAGAAUAUUCACAAAAUACUCAGUUUGUCUAUACUGAAGUUUAUAGCUUUUUGUUUCAUGUGGAUUAGUACCAGAAGGAAACAGUAUUAAUUUCUAAUCAUUUGCUCAUCUCAGUUUUUCUACAUUUCUACCUUUGGUUUUAAAAAGGGCUCUUUUCCAUUCUCUUUCUGUUUUGCUGCUUGUCUUUUUGAUAUUCACUUAGUGACCAAGAAGUUUUCCAUAAAUUUUUUAUUGCUAUAUGGUUUGGGCCUUUAGCAGUAAUUUAAAAAUGUUAAAGGGGCCUUUAGCAGUAAUUUAAAAAUGUUAAAGGGGCCUUUAGCAGUAAUUUAAAAAUGUUAAAGGCUAUGGUGCUUUUAAUUCCUUCUUCUGUUAUUGUGUCAUCUCCCAAAAUACAUUGGCAAAUAAACAGAUGAACACUUCUUCAAAAAAAUCUGUAGAAUAAAGGUUUAUUUUCAGUUUUGGCAGAAGACCAGAGUCUGAGGGAUUUUUGUCAGGAUGGAAAUGUUUCAUGUGUAUAAGUCUUUGUAAAGAAAAUAAAAUUUGAAUUGGACUGGUGGGCAACACUUGCUUCCACAUUUGGAUUGCACAGGGCGUAGAUGAGUCUAGAAGUCAUCUUCCUGGUAUUUGCUGGAUCAGCAGGAUCAGGGAAAGUAAUUACCUCAGGCUUCUCUGAAGAAUUCUGUCUAAACCUUUCAAUCACAGUCUGUUCUAGUUGUGCUGGAUCAAAUCUGCAGUGACUUGAUUAAUGUUAAUGAAAUUACAUUUCAUUCGUACUGACAUGAUAAAGCACGGAACAGGAAUGUUGGUCUUAAUUACAGUGAUGCCAAAUCUGGAUUGGAUAUAAACAGGAACUUAGGAGCCCUGAGUCAUCACACUCUUAGACUCAGUUGCUGAGGGAAAGCUUCAUCCCUCCAAAAUGAAUCAAAAUGGUUACUGUUUGCUGAUGCCAGUCUCUCUGAAGCAUUCAUCUUUUCAAAGUAACAAUGUACUUUUGAAGAACAUUGAGAGGUUUUCCCUUUUGAAGUAGAUUCAUCAAAAAAAAAAAAAGUUGAUAAAGUAGAAAUAUACUGAACAAGUGUAUUAUAUAGAGCCCACUAAGAUGUAAAAUAUUUUUUUCCUUUUACAAAUGAUCUUAUCAAUUCACCUUUCAAAUCACCCUCCAAAUCAAAACCAAAAAGUACUAAGUCAGCAAAGCUCAUGAAUGGAUUUUAAAUUCCCAACUGUGAUUUCUUGAUUAUUUUUUUAAUUUAGCAGUACAGAUUUGAAGUUUUUAGUGCCUAAUUCUAGAGUCUUGUUUGCUGAAUCAGACAGGAUGUUGUCCUAAUUUACUAAGCCACAUUAGGCAUUUAAUUCAGCAAUAGAAUUGCAGUUUGCUACUUGAUUCACUAGUUAAAGAUUAAUUUUCUCUAAUGAUGUUGUGUGAUACAGAGCUAAUAUUGGGAUUAUAUUAGAGAUAUUGGGAUGUUUUUAGGUACUCUGCACCUUUACACUAAUGUUUUAUUUGUUAUGUACGAUUCUGAUGGAUUUGUCAGUUGACUUCAGAUGCAUUUUGUUUAUUUCUUAAAGAAGAAUUAUAAGAUUAUGCUAUUUUUGCUAACUGCUUUGUGAAGUGGAUUUUUCUGUUUGUUUGUUUAUUGGUGAUUUUUGUUUAAGAAGGAAAAUGGUUUGUUCUUGUUAUAUCUUUUUUGACCAUUUUUGAGUUGUUAAUAGAGCAGGAGAAAAUAAGAUAGAACUUGUGCUGUUAUCAUCCAUGCAUAUCAUCUUGAAUAUUCAUUAGGAAUAUAGCACAUAGGUGAAAAUAAGAAGUCUGAUUUCUGAAAUUCUGAACAUCUUCAGUUUAAUGGCUUCAGCAAGAGCUAAGGACAUGGUGUGGCAAUGAUAAAAUUAGCAUUAAUAUUUGACGUGGUCACACACAAAGUCAAAGAAAUGCUCACUGCUAAUGUGAAUGGGAACUUUACCCUUGAGAUUAGCAGAACUGUAUAGAAACCUUAAUACUGAGUCAGUUUAUUCCACAAUAGUUUCAUUUCCAUGCUCCCAACUGGAGCCAGGGAGAGUUUCAAAUGAGCAGGCCCUGAUUUAGGAAGGUAUGCAGAAGACAAAACUUCCAUAUGCACAAAAGACCCCAGUGGAAUGGAAGUAAACCUGUGCAGCUAAGAAUGAGCUUUAGUGAUGCUUCAAAUCAAGCAUGGAUGUCAAAGUUUGCUUGAAUACUCUCUUAAAUCUGGGCCUUGUAGAACAACACGAGGGAACCAGACAGUUCUAAAUUCUGUGUACAACACCAUAAAAAUUUUUAUUUUUCUUUGUGUAUAUGUAAAUGUCAUUGUGAUAUUGAGUUAUUUAUUAAUUUUCUUAUACCAUGUGCCAAGUAUGUUCCUACCCUUUUGAUCAGUACCUGUGAACAUCAAUACUAAAAGUAAUGUUAUGCAAACUUGUGCAUUUUAACCAGGAAUAUAAUGCUAAUAAGCUGUUGCAUGUAGUUUUAAAUAAUAAAGAAAACCCUUUAUUUAAAAAAUGUAAAUGAAUACCUGCAGAUGUUGAUGAUUAUAUAUGGGUUUGCAUGCCAAAACUCAUUGUUCAGUUGUGGGCAUGAAAUGUAACGACUGUAUUACCUCUACUGAAUAUAUUAGUAAGGUACAAUUUACAAAGUAAUCAACAGAGCUCUAUAUGUAAAAUUUUUCCUUUUUACUUAAUUAUAUUGUAGUAGCGGUAACAGAACUACUUCUCUGUUACCCAAAUUGGCUGUAGAAAUUAUGUUUCUAUAACAGUCAUUUAAAGUCAAUAUUUAUUUAUGUCUGUAAUACA